AUGGCUUCUUCUGUAGCAUUAGUUUUUGGUGUAUGUCUAGCACUCAACAUGGCCAUGCCAACACUUGCAGCUACCCACACAGUGGGAGACACCUCAGGUUGGACAAUUGGUGGGGAUUACAGCACAUGGGCUAGUGGAUUGAAAUUUAGAGUCGGAGAUAGUCUUGUUUUCAAUUAUGGACCUGGUCACACUGUGGAUGAAGUGAAAGAAAGCGAUUACAAGAGCUGCACUACAGGAAAUUCUCUGAGCACAGACAGUAGCGGCGCCACCACCAUUACCCUGAAGACUGCUGGCACUCAUUACUUCAUAUGUGCUGCUCCUGGCCAUUGCCAGGGUGGCAUGAAGCUUGCUGUUAAGGUUAAGGCUAAAAAGACCUCUGCUUCUGCUGCAGCACCUUCACCUGCUAAGGACUCUGAUGACACCAAAGACACACCCACUACUUCCACCACCACCUCUACAACUCCAACCUCUGCCAACCCUUCUACCUCCAGCUCCUCCACCUCCACCACCACAGCAUCUUCUCAUACAUCUUCAGCAACACGUGGCACACCAAUUAUGUUUAUUGUUUGUUGGAUCUCAUACUUGGUGUUGCGUUUGGUGUGA